AUGCUGAAGUUCGCGUUCGAAUACCGGGUGGCAAUCGAUUCGAUCACCGCCGACAAGUCUCUGAAGCUGCGCAAAUUCGAACUUGACGACGAGGAGUGGCAGAUUGUCAGCGAGCUCAACACCAUCCUUGGAGCGACUCUCUUCUACUCGCAAGACUCCGUGUUCGCGAUCGCGAACGUUAUUCCGAGUAUGGACAAACUCGACGAGAUCCUCAAUCCGAAGUCUGCCACGCAGCAAUAUCGCCCCGCUAUACAAGCCGCAAUGAGGCUUGGCAAGAAGGUCAUGAAUAAAUACUAUUCGCGCACUGACUGCUCGUCAGUCUACCGUAUCGCGAUGGUGCUUCAUCCCGGACUUAAGCUAGAAUACUUCAAGCAAAACCGAUGGCCACGCGAAUGGAUUGACACCGCCGAGCAGCUCACUCGCGCAGAGUACGAGCUGUUGGCCGAGAAGAAAGCAGGAGCCUUAGGCAAAGCGAUGGAUACCCAGAAAGACGUGCGUACUUUGUUGACCACCUUCACAAUAGCCUGA